CUUAAUAAGUAUCUCUAUUGAUGAUUCUCCUUGCAGAGAAAGUUAUGGCCGUAGCUCUAUUGAUGAUUCUCCUUUUUAUUGCCGCUGGUGAUCCUUCUGGUGUAGCUGGACAUAGAUCUAGUGAGACAGACAAGAUAGCUUUGCUAGAAAUCAAGUCUCAAAUAACAGAGGAUCCUUUACAAGUCACGAGUUCAUGGAACGAGUCCCUUCAUUUUUGUCAAUGGCGAGGUGUUACUUGUGAUCCAAACCAUCGAAAAAGAGUCACUGAGUUGAGCCUAAGAUCCUUGAGUUUGAAGGGUUUCUUAUCUCCAUCUAUUGGGAACCUCAGUUUUAUUAGAAGCAUUGAUCUUUUCAACAACAGUUUCCAAGGAGAAAUUCCAUACCAAAUAGGUCGUUUAUUUCGAUUACAACAGAUUGUUCUCGAAAAGAACCUGUUAGGAGGGCAAAUACCAACUAGUUUGUCAAACUGUUCUCACUUGAGAGUCCUAAACUUGGGAUUCAACCAAUUUAGCGGGAACAUUCCUUCUGAGAUUGGUUCUCUAUCAAACUUGGUUCAACUGACUCUUGUGGCAAACAAAUUGGAGGGAAGUAUUCCACUCAAUCUAGGCAAUCUCUCUUCUCUUCAAGAACUUAAUAUUUCAGCCAACAACCUUGAUGGAAACAUUCCAGCAUCACUAGGCCAUUUGAAGAGCUUAAUUCAUCUUGGUAUUUCUAAGAAUAAGUUAUCAGGUAUGGUCCCUCAAUCCAUUUAUAACCUUUCUUACCUUGAAUCAUUCAUUGUUAGUGAGAACCAACUUCAUGGAUUCUUUCCUCAUAACAUUGGCUCCACUCUUCCUAAUAUUCGCAUUUUUCGUAUAUGGGGAAACCAAUUUAGUGGACGAAUUCCUAUUUCAUUUUCAAAUUUUUCAAACCUUGAGGAAUUUGAUAUAACUUCCAACAAUUUUGUGGGAGGGCUCCCUGCUAUUUUUGGAGAUUUCAAGAAGCUUAUGUGGGUAGAUAUUACUCUUACUAGUCUUGGAUCAGGAAAAGCAGAUGACCUUGACUUCUUAACUUCUUUUACCAAUUGUACCAAUCUUAUAUAUCUUCAGCUGCAAGAAAAUAACUUUGGAGGGGUCUUGCCUAACUCCAUAGGAAAUCUCUCAGCUACACUAGAAUUUUUUUCAGUAGGAGGUAACCAAAUUUCAGGAAACAUUCCUCCUAGUGUUGGCAAUCUAGUAGGCUUGAAGGGAUUAGGACUAUAUGAAAAUCGUCUUACUGGAGCCAUUCCUACGACCAUUGGAAAACUUUAUAACUUAGUCAGAUUAUACUUGGGUAGUAAUGAAUUAUCUGGGGAAAUUCCUUCAUCCUUUGGAAAUCUCACAGUAUUGAACAAUCUCGCAUUAAACUACAACAAUCUUCAAGGAAACAUUCCCUCAAAUCUUGGAAAUUGCCGAAGCUUACAACUAUUAUUUCUUCAUAACAACUUUCUCAAUGGUUCCAUUCCUCCAAAUGUAAUUGGGUUAUCAUCUUUAUCUUUGUCAUUAGUACUUUCUAGAAAUCGUCUCACCGGAACUCUACCUCCGGAAGUUGGGAAAUUGAAAAAUCUCAUCGAGUUAGAACUUUCCCACAACGAGUUGUCUGGCAAUAUUCCAAAGAAUCUUGGGGAUUGUGUAAGCUUACAAUGGCUGCGCAUGGAUCAUAAUAAGUUUGAAGGAACAAUUGAUUCACUGAGUUCAUUGAAAGUGAUUGAAGAAAUUGAUCUUUCAAAUAAUAACUUAUCAGGAAAAAUCCCAAAAGAGUUUACCAAGUUAGUGUUUUUGUCAAUGUUAAAUCUUUCUUACAAUGAUCUCGAGGGUCAAGUACCAAUUGGAGGUAUUUUCAAUGUCAGCAUGAAUAUUUCUCUAGUUGGUAAUGACAAGCUUUGUGGUGGUAUUGCUGAAUUAUCCUUACCACCUUGCUCUAAAAUGACAUCAAAAAAACGAAAUAAGUUAUAUCUUGCAAGAAAGUUGAUAAUCUCCAUAAUUUGUGGCAUUUUCGGACUAUGUUUGGUGUCAUAUCUUUUGAUUCGUUGCUGGUUUAGAAGACAUAAAAAGGAGUCUUCAGAGUCUUCAUGGAAUGAUGUUCCAUUUUUGAAUAUUUCGUAUGGAGAGCUCCUAAAAGCCACUAAUGGGUUUUCUCUAGAAAAUCUCAUUGGUACCGGCAGCUUUAGCUCAGUGUUUAAAGGAAUUCUUGAACAAGAUCAAUUGUGUGUAGCAGUAAAGGUCUUCAACCUACAAAAAAGAGGAGCUUCCAAGAGUUUUAUGGCCGAAUGUGAAACACUAAAAAGUAUUCGACAUCGAAAUCUUGUGAAAAUCAUAUCUGCUUGCUCGAGUGUUGAUUACCAAGGUAACGAUUUCAAAGCCCUCAUCUACGAGUUCAUGUCAAAUGGAAGUUUGGAAGAUUGGUUAUAUCCAAAGCCACAAAUAGGAGAAUAUCAAAUGAAAAUUUUAACUUUCUCUCAACGAUUAAAUAUGAUUGUUGAUGUGGCGUUGGCGUUAGAUUAUCUUCACAACCAAGGAGAAAUGCCAAUAGUACACUGUGACCUUAAGCCAAGCAACAUUCUUCUUGACCAAGAUAUGACUGUCCAUGUAGCCGAUUUUGGUUUGUCAAGGAUUAUGGAAGAUGGUGAUACCCAAACCUCUCAACCAAAUUCAAGCUCUGUUGCAAUAAGAGGAACAAUUGGAUAUGCAGCUCCAGAGUAUGCUAUGGGAAGAAAGGUCUCAACCGAGGGAGAUGUGUACAGUUUUGGCAUCCUCUUGUUGGAGAUCUUCACAGGGAAAAGACCCACCGAUGAUCAUUUCGAAGAUGGCUUGAGUCUUAAUCAAUUGGUCAAAAGAGCUUUGCACAGGAAUUUAGUGAGGGACAUUGUUGAUCAAAGUCUAAUGAUGGAAUUAGGACAAGAAGAGGAGGAAGCGUCCAGCAGCAACACAUCGAUGGAAAAGAGUAGACGCAAAAUAUAUGAAUGUGUGGUUUCGAUACUUGCAAUUGGUAUCAAUUGUUCAGAAGAAUCAUUAAGAGAGAGGAUGAAGAUUAGUGAUGUUCUUAAGAAAUUGCAAGGAAUCAAAAGUGUGAUUCCUAAAAGUGUCCAAGGAUAUCGUUGAACAAGUGCUGUUUCACUUUCUUGUUGAUGGUGUUGUUGUUUUGUCUUUUCUAUGUUAUCUCUUUGAUUAGUAAUAUGUUUCUGCAAUUCAAAAUGGUUCGUUUCUUCUAGCUUUAUGUACUUUGUUGUGAACAUUUUAUGAAUAUUUGUUUCUUAAUCUCUAUCCAUUAUUAUUUAUCCCAAGAAUAAUUGGUCAAGACAUGUUGCAAAAGAUGUAGUUUAUAUACACUUGUUUUUAUACGUAGUAUGUGCAGUUAGUAAUGAUCAAAGUCACACGAAACUCUAGUUCUUAAUAGUGUUAAAUGUCAACUUUCAUUAUAUUUUAUUUGUUUUGUUACCAUUUAAAUUCA